AUGGCUCGGUACAGCACACCACGGUACGAGGAUAACGAUGAGGAACAGUUUCCGUUCGAGCAGGCCCCGAGCUCGGAGGAAUAUGGUGCCUUCAAACGAGAGGAGCACGGGGGAAAGAAUGAGAUACCUAUCCGGACAAGUGACAGAGAGGAGCUGAUUCAGUGCAUCAAACGGGGACAGCGGACAACAUGGGUUCCUAAACCUGGGUUGGAGGCUAUAUGUGCCGAAGUUACUGCUGAUCAGAACGUCCCUUCACAGUCUCCCGUAGUCUCACCAAGGUUUGAUGUGCCACCGGAGCAGAGCACAAGGGCUCGAGUGGGCACGGAGGAGGGGGAAACAAGACCCUUUCCACUAUCUGCAGCGGAUGCUUUACGCCGCUCCAUGUCCCCCUUACAUACGGGCGAAUAUCUUGCGGACUUUUGGGAGAGAGCAAUGCGAACUCCACAGGAGCAUACACCUCUUUCCACGCCACGGAGGCCGGAUUUUCGACCCGAGUAUGAUGAGUCCACUCCAUUCUGGCAGGGAGGAACCUCUCCGAUUCUGAGUCUCAAGUCGCAGCAGAGUUCUCCCUCGGAUAUACUCAGAAGGUCGCGUGCCCCUUCGAUGGGAAGCAGCUUGUCAUCAAGUUUCGUCAUGAGAAUCCCCACGAGUCCCCUCGUUCACUCGACAAACAACCCUACACUGGAUUUCUCGCCGAAAGAUCCCCAGAAAGCCGAAAUAGGAAAAUCAGCAAGGAGGAGAACAAUGCCUCCCAACGCCUUUGAAUCUCUACACAUCUCGCCUCCAGAUGCUUCUACGCCGAACUUCAGCCGCCCGUUACCAUACGUGCAAUCGCCGUAUCGCGAUGGCUCAGGCUUCCCCCUCGGACACCGGCCACGUCGUUCGUUGAGCUCUUUCACGUAUCAAGCAGCUAUAGUCCCUCAGGUCCCUCCUUGGCUGAGACAACGUCGACCUUCGUUGGCAGCUGACGGCUCUCCACGGCAUCGGGCAUCGAUGGUCGGCUCUUUCGAGGAGUCGAUUCUUCGAGGCAGAAUGUCUACUCCGCCGUCGAAGCCUCUCGACUUUGUGGCGCAAAUUGGAGUCAUGGGAAAAGGUAACUGCCCAGCCAGCCUGAAAUGCCCGGCACAUGUAACCAUACCGUUUGGGGCGGUCUUCUAUAAUUAUCCAUCGGCAAGUACGUCCAGAUCAAUCUCAGACGAUAACCCAAGCCCUUACGUUGGCAACAUCGACCUAGAACAUAAUUUGAAAACGCCAGAAGACCCACGCCGCCGCACACGACGGUCUCAAGCCAACCUUGAUCCUGAUACAUUUGCGGAUGAAAUCACAAAGCCCGAGAAUACGGCUAUUGGCAGGGCUUUGGCCAAAGAAGCACGAGAAAGGAAGGAAAAUACUUCAGUGCCCUCCAAAGUACCUUCCGGUGGAGCAUACCGGGUACCGCAGAAAGGGCAACUGCAGCUCAUUAUCAAGAAUCCCAACAAGACCGCCGUUAAACUAUUUUUGGUCCCUUAUGAUCUGGAAGGCAUGCUUCCUGGCACAAAGACAUUUGUUCGACAGCGCAGUUACUCCUCUGGUCCGAUCCUCGAAGCCGGAAUCCUGGAGAAACAAGCUGCCCUAGCGGCCCGAGAUCCUCUGAGUACAAAGGAUAUCCUUCGCUAUCUCAUCCACCUCAAAUUCUGCUGUACCGGAAAGGGUCGAUUCUAUCUCUACGACAAUAUUCGCGUGGUCUUUGCCAACCGCGUCCCAGAUGACAAGGAGAAGCUCCGGAAUGAAGUGCAACUGCCGGAGCCGAAAUUCACUGCCUACAAACCUGCAGUGGGGCCGCAUUCGCGAAGCUUGAGCCUGACAGAUGAGAAGCUGUCUGCUCAAUUGCAGCCACCUGCGACCCCUGAUUUUGAUAAGCUGCACGAUGAUGUUCGUUCAAGCAGCACGGACACCCUUUUCAUGCAACCGGGAAGUUCAUCCCCUACUUCAUUCAACCUGGCGGCAACCUCGACGUUCGAUCGUGACUCGACUGCGGCGGGGCAAGCGUCGCCGGUGAAGGACGAGUUAUCUGGACUUGAGCGAACUGUUUCUCCCACUCCCGGCUUUCGGCCUUCAACAUCGUCGCGAAGUUCGCCAGUACCAUGGCCUGCUUCCAAUGGUUCUUGCGUGGCACAAGGCUUCACUUCCAUUCCAGUCGAGGCCGGACAUGGCUUGCUGUCACGCAAGCUCAAGGAAUUCGAUGGGACAGCUGCGGGGCAAAAGGAGUAG